CCGGUCUUCUCUGGCAACCACGUGUGUUUACGCUGGACUUUUCCUCUGAGCUGAAGCGGUUGUUGGUGUUUCCCUCGUCUGGGCUGCCGAGGUCCUGCAGGGCCGUGAGGACGUCACCAUGCCUAAAGCCCUAAAGGGAAAACUUGUAGGACGGGAAAAAAAAGUCAUCCAUCCAUAUAGUAGAAAAGCAGCUCAAAUUACAAGAGAGGCCCACAAACAAGAAAAAAAGGAAAAAUUGAAGAAUGAAAAGGCAUUGCGUCUCAACCUUAUUGGUGAAAAACUGCAGUGGUUUCAAAGUCAUCUUGAUCCCCAAAAAGUAGGAUAUUCAAAGAGAGAUGCUUGUGAAUUAAUUGAAAGGUAUUUAAAUCGAUUCAGCAGUGAACUAGAGCAGAUUGAAUUACAUAACAGCAUCAGAGACAGGCAGGGAAGGCGGCACUAUUCCCGGGAGACAGUCAUCAAGCAGACAAUGGAGCGUGAGCGACAACAGUAUGAAGGAUAUGGCCUUGAGAUUCCAGACAUUGUAAAUGCAGGUAAUCUGAGAACUUUUAGGGAAUGGGAUUUCGAUCUGAAGAAAUUGCCAAACAUUAAAAUGAGAAAAAUUUGUGCUAAUGAUGCAGUCCCCAAGAAGUGUAAGAAAAAAACUGUUACGGCUGUAGACAAAGAUUUAGGGGAACUGGAACUAAAAGAUGAAUCAAGUGAUUCAGAUGAGGAAAUGACAGCAGUGGCCUAAUUGUCCUUUGCUUGUGGUGAAAGCAAAUAAUUGGAGAGCUUCAAGUUCUGUUUGACCUGAUUAUGGUAAAUAACUGUCCAGAUACAAGAAUUUGCUAUGAAACUUCUUUCAUCAUGAGAAUCCCAUUUGCAGUUUCAAAAACAGUGUUACGAUUUUCAUUUAAAAAUGAAUGUUGCUUUUCGUUUACAUUCAGUUGCUAAAAUAGAUAUAGUGAAAUAAAAGCACAAUCUAAGAUCCAUUUAAUCUGAAUUUCCCGGGCAGGGGGAGUGAUAUGAAUGAGGACAGAAAUGUUUUGAUUUUUUUCCUCAUGUUUACCUCGGAUCACCUGAUCUCACAUUCUGGGGCGUGUAUAGCAACGUGUUUGCUGUAAGGGUCCUAUGGAUACUUCUUGAGCAGUGAUUAUAGCUAAAUUGGCUUUCAGUAAUAGUGUUUCACUAAUCUUCCUCUUAAACAUAACACCUAUUUUCUUUCCUUGUAAAAUAAGGAAAAUGUGAUAGGGAAUAAAUAUACACUGAUAGAUUGUAUGUUAUUUUUAUUAUCUUUAAGCCAGAGUUAAAUGGUAAAGUAAAAAACUGGGGUCUAUUUUCAUGAUGUUGGCCUCCCACACUUAAUCUGUUAUCUUUUGAUCGAGGGGAUAAACGAUUUCAGGUAACUCUGUUUCUGUAUUAUUUUCUGCUUUCUCAUGAAAAAUGAUAGGUUUUAUUUGUGGAAACAACUAAUGAUUAGAGAAUCAGUUAUUGCAAUUGUGUUAUUUGUGUUAUUUAUUCUUCUAAGAGAUAGGCUAAAUGACAUAUAACUCAGUAUUUCAAGUAUCAUGAAAGACAUGGAUGUGUUAGAAUGUUGUUCUUCGUAGAACUCGUAAAAGGCAAUUAUCUUUUAGGCUAUUUUCUAAAGAAUACAAUGCAAAUAUAUUUGAGUAUUUUCAAGAAAAGAAAUAUAAAACAUUAAUGCUAUAAGAGGUUAACUAGAUAUCAACUGUCUUAUUAACAAUUUAUUUAAAAUGUUACAGCUUUUUUUAUUAUUGAAAAUUAAGAAUAAAAUUUAUUU